AUGGCAAUACCUUUAGAUGAUAGAAAUCUCGGUGGUAGAAAGCACAUCUAUAGUUAGCUUUACAACCACAAGAAAGCUCUUUCAAAAGUCAAACCCUCUGUAAACAUUAAACCACCAAGAGCUCAUGUUGAUCAAGGUGGAGAGUACUUUGGAACAAACAAGGCUUACACUUAGAUCUAUGAAACAGGACUCAAUCAUUUCUACCCUUCUUCAUAACAUUCUAUAAUGACCUCAACUUAUGGAAAAAAGAGAAAAAUAAUUGAUGACAGAGAAGGUACUGCACCUGAGUAUGCUGAAAUAAGAGAAACAUUUAGGAGAGUGCAGAAUUUGAAGAAGGGUGGUGUGGAUCAUCAAAAGCCGAAAAGUUUUCAUAUGAGCAAAAAGCUAAAUGAAAACAGGCGAAGAAAUAUGUUUCAUUUUGAAGAGCAUAUUAAGAACUUAGCUUCACUAUAAAGACGUAUAGAUUCUAUAGGAACAAUCCAAGAUAGAAAAAAGAACCCAACUGAUCCACUCGUUUACCCAAGCAAAUUUUUUAGAAAGCCAGAUGACUAUGACAAGAAAACUUCUCUCGAGGGAUUCGCAAACAGAGUCUAUGUAAAAAUGAGGAAGACUAAAACCGAUUCUUAAAAGUAUGAGAAUAUCAUCCUAGAUGAAUUACUUCACAAAUAUUAGAGCAAGAACUCACCAAUUAAAGACUAUGAGAUGCACAGAUAUGAAUUCUAUGAUCACUUGACAGCAAGUGAAGGAACGCCUCAAAAUAGAUUAGGAUCUAUGACGAGACCUUCUUCAUCAAAAAGAUAAAAUCUACUUAUCUCAGCACUCUAAAGUAAUCAGCCUAAGAUUCAAAACAGAAGCAGGCCACAAACAGCUAACUUGAACAUUACUCCUAAAUAAUUAGGGACAAGAGGUCACUCUUAUGACAUGCGCUCGUAUAAUCAGACUGGUGCUCAUACUACUUAUGACUAAUAAGAAGUAUAAAAUCUAAUCGCUUAAAAUCAGAGAAUGACCGAUAUUAUUCAAAAGCAAAUGUCUUCACCUAAUCCGAUUGAUCACAAUUAAAAGUAAGAUUAUUAGAACCAAUUUAUGACAUAGGGCUGUGCAAGAGUUGAAAUAGGCUAAUUUAUUGAGUGA